AUGGACAAUUACACCGCUUCUGCGCACACUCCUGAGGCAGCGGAAGGCCUCCUUUUUCCCGUGGGCGCGCCUCACGGUGGAAGCCCCAGGGCGCCGUCGGGGGGGACGAGGUGUGGUCACGCGAGCUUAUCCGGCACCAUGAAGAGACCCCCCUCGAGGCGCAUUCUCACGACCGUCUCUUAUUCUGGAGUCUUUGCGAUCAUGGUGCUUUCCGCGAUCCAUCCAGUCUUCCGCGCAGCGGCUGGAGAAGGGGAGCCGGGGCCCCACGCAGCGAAGGCGAAUCCUACGACCGCAGAGAUGACCAAGUUGGAGCUGAUGAGCGUAUUGACUGAUCGUCUCGCCCUCAGGUGGAAACAAGAGUGGACGCCCUUUCUGGACGCGAACGAGAAAGCUCCGAUGAAUCUUCGUCUGGGCUUCCUCAAGUCCUUGACGGCGGAGCUGAACGAGACCCUCGACUCCGUCCUCGCGGCCUUCCCCGCGGUCGCCAACAAUCGCAGCAUCCAGUACUGGGUGAACCACACACGCAGCCUCUUUGUCUUCACGUUCCGCUCGCGCCUGCGCAUCGGCGAAAGCCGCCGCCUCACCCCUGUGGGGCCUUACGCCGGCACAGCCUACGGCGAGCCAGACCCCCUGAGGGGCGCCGAGCGCUGGCCGCCCGUCGUGGAAACAGGCGCUGAAGCAUCCUCGACGGUGACUGCGCAGGCGACGCCAGAGCGGCUUUAUUUUGUGAAGGCUGGCGUGUAA